AUGCAAGCUCGGGCUGGUCGCUGCAAUACGACUACAUACCCCAUGCAAUUCAAAAGGCCCUACACUCAAUUUCUUCAAAAGGAAAACAAGACUGCCGAGUAUUUCACUCCGGAAGACCUCAAACUCGCACUUCAUCGCCUUUUCACCCCAGAUGCUGCCUGUACCGCACAAAUAGAGUGGAAAAGGCACCCGGAAUCCCACAAUCCCUCGUUAUGGCUGCUGAAGCUUGAAGUCCCAACGGCCCACACGUUUGAGUCACAAGUAGUCAUCGAAGAUGGAGACACGGAUUUUGUUGUCGACAUCGUUGGAACUGAAGGAGAGACUUUCAACGUCAGUACCACAUUAGCUGUCUUUGCUGCGUGCACAGGCGCUCGAGUGAACGAGCAGCAACAGACAUGCCAUCAUUCGUCGGAAACGGCGACAUCGGGCAUUACAAAACACGAAGCCGAAACGCAGGAUCGGUCUACCGAGAUUCAUCGGCCGGGUUUGGAGAAUGUUCUGCGAGUCUCAACUCCAGAAAAUAGGCCGUCCAAAUCAGCCGAAGACCUUGUUGGAAAAUGCGCGGUCACAAGUUUUGAAGUCCUUGCCGGGGUGUAUUUUGCCGGGGUCGACGAGCGAUUGAACCUCGCUAGUGGUAGCAGAGCCAAGAUCCAGUGUGUAGGAGGAAGUGUAGAGGCAGCUUGUGCUCUCAAACUCGCUCCUGGCAUGGAAAGAUCCGAACAUAUUCCAGAGUCCGGGAUACGACGCAAGCAGUUGGUCUGCACGCUAUCGCGACAUAUCUAUGUUUUCGAGUUCCAAAACUGCGUAGUUUGGUCAUUUGGUGCCGAACAUAUGGUAGCGAGGCAUGCACCAUUCCUGAUUAAAAUCCAUCGAGCGGACUUCACACGUCCUGCCUCAGGUCUCGCCAUUCUUUGUCGCUUGUCCCUUCGCGCCUAAAAUGCCCAACAAGUUAACACAUGCUGAUACAGAAGAAUUCCAGAAGAGAAGUACGAAGAAAUCGACUGCCUAGACUCUAAAGAACACAGGCAACUUUGUCAUGAGGUCCGCGAGGUUAUUCUUAACUUCGCUGAAUCAGAUAAAGAACACCAAUUCGCAAUAGAUUGCAACAUGUUACACUGUAUACGUACAGGGCCUAUGGGACAAGUUGGAUGCAGGUUGGUAUCCUGGGAGUAGACUAAGCGAGUCCGCGUCAGGGCUUUGGAAAUUAUCUCGGGAUGAGUAGCGAGUCCCCAGAGUGCAUUUUCCACCAGGCAGGAAAGCGCAGAUCAUCGAAAUAAAUAGGUAGUCAUCCACAACAACUCAGGAACACCUGAUUCGGACAGGGGGUGAGUACAGUGUUAUCUGCUCCGACGGCUGCCAUUUGCGCGUUUAUUGAGACGGUUUCAUUU